UACAAGGUUUACGGCACGGCGCGAGACGCGUCCAGCGUUGAUGGCGUAUGUGUGCGUUUCCGCGCAUGCGCGUUUGUCUUUGUCCGCAAAAUGGCUGCGCUCGUCGGCAUCCGCGCGUGCCUCUCCGCUCUGCAGUUGACCUCCCCGAGUUUACUGCACAGCUCGUAUAAACUGUGUGCAGUUCCUCUAUGUCGAAGGAAUUUCGAGGCCGAGGCUAAAAAGGUGUUCUCUCGUUCUAAACCCCAUGUGAACAUCGGGACCAUUGGUCACGUAGAUCACGGCAAAACCACGCUGACCGCCGCAAUCACCAAAGUUCUUGCCGAAGCCAGCGGGGGACGUUAUAAGACGUACGCGGAUAUUGAUAAUGCCCCUGAAGAGAAGGCAAGAGGAAUCACCAUCAACGCCUCGCACGUGGAGUACACCACCGCCAACAGGCACUACGCUCACACCGACUGCCCCGGGCAUGCUGACUACGUCAAGAACAUGAUCACAGGCGCGUCUCAGAUGGACGGCUGCAUCCUCGUGGUGGCGGCGACCGACGGCCAGAUGCCCCAGACUCGUGAGCACCUCCUGCUGGCGCGGCAGAUCGGCAUCGAGCACGUGGUGGUGUUCAUCAACAAAGCCGAUGCCGUGGAGGACAAGGAGAUGCUGGAACUGGUGGAGCUGGAGAUCAGGGAGCUGCUCACCGAGUACGGCUACGAUGGAGAAAACUCACCAGUUAUUGCUGGAUCGGCGCUCUGUGCUCUAGAGAACAGAGAGCCGGAGCUGGGAGUAAACUCCAUUAUGAAGCUUUUGGAGAUGGUAGAUAAUUAUAUUCCUUUGCCAAAGAGAGAGCUGGAUAAACCAUUCCUGCUGCCCAUAGAGGGAGUCUGUUCUAUUCCAGGUCGUGGUACUGUGGUCACUGGCACACUAGAGCAAGGAAUGAUCAAGAAAGGAGAUGAAUGUGAAUUUUUCGGACACAAUCGUAGCUUUAAGGCCAUCAUCACAGGUAUCGAGAUGUUCCAUCAGUCUCUAGAGCGGGCCGAGGCGGGCGAUAACAUUGGCGCUCUGGUUCGCGGCCUGAAGAGGGAGGACGUCCGGAGAGGCAUGGUGAUGUGCAAACCUGGAUCCAUCAAGCCGCAACGGAAGAUCAAAGCUCAGGUCUACAUCCUGAGCAAAGAGGAGGGCGGCAGACACAAGCCGUUCUGCACAAACUUCAUGCCGAUCAUGUUCUCUCUCACCUGGGACAUGGCUUGUGUGGUAGAGCUGCUUCCGGGCAAGGAGAUGGUGAUGCCAGGAGAGGACACCGCUCUAAACCUGAUCCUCAGACAGCCCAUGGCUCUCAACAAAGGCCAAAGGUUCACGCUCAGAGACGGCAACCAAACCAUCGGCACGGGCCUGGUCAUGGAAACCCUCCCCUUUACAGAUGACGAACGAUACACCUUUGGCUGAGAAGGACGACGAACUCUUUUGAGACUUUCGGUGUCUGAAGCCAUCGUUAAGUUCUAGACAUGUCACUCUAGAAUUGAAUUGAGGCCACGUUUAUAUUGCAAAAUGAAAACUGUUAAGGAUGAUGUCUUUGCGAACCCUUAAAAAAAACAGCCACCACCAAUUUUCUGUACGAGGAAGCGAGUUAAGUAUCACUCGGAUUAGAAAUGUGGAAUAAUUUGUGUCCGUUUCAGCACAUUAAAAUGUUCCAAACCUGCUCCGCUUUCAUUAUCUUCUCUCUCGCCUGAGCUGUGAAUUAUACACAAAGUGAAAGACAGUACAUUUGAGGAAUAUUUCACAAUUUAAACUGUACUUGGCUUGUCAUUUCUUGCCGCUCGUCCAUAGACAAAUGUUGCUUUUGCUGUCUGUUUUCCGGUCUUCUGUCUAAAAAAAAUUCAAUAAAAUUUAAUUUAGUUGA